AGAGAUAGACAGAGAGACAGACAGAGAUAGACAGAGACACAGAGACAGACAGAGAGACAGAGAUAGACACCGAGAUACAGAAACUCGAGAGACACGGAAAUCUUCCUGAGGGCGGCACCCGCGCCGCCUCCACCCCUCAGCCCUCGCCCCAGCCCAUCAUCAUCAUCAGCAGCCCCAGCCCCAGUCUCAUCCCCAGCCCAUCAUCAGCAGCAGCCCCAAGCCCCAGUCUCAUCACAAGCCCAUCAUCAUCAGCAGCAGCCCCAAGCCCCCAGCCCCAGUCUCAUCCCCAGCCCAUCAUCAUCAGCAGCAGCAGCCCCAAGCCCCAGUCUCACCCCCAGCCCAUCAUCAUCAGCAGCAGCAGCCCCAAGCCCCAGUCUCAUCCCCAGCCCAUCAUCAUCAGCAGCCCCAAGCCCCAGUCUCACCCCCAGCCCAUCAGCAGCAUCAUCAGCUUCAGCCCCAAGUCGCGAUUUCCACACCGCCCGCGGCCUCCGACUCGUCCCGAGGCCCAUCACGCUGGAGGCCGGAGCCCGUCUGCCGCCUGCCGGCAUCCCUCGCCUCCCUCUCCGCCUCCUCCCCACACCGCCACCGCCGCGGAGAUGUCGUCCCUGGCCCACCCCGGGGUCGUCUCGGGGGGUGCAGGUGGGGCCGACUGUUGGAUCGUGACUCUGGAGGAGCGGGAAAAGCACCACCAUCUCUUCUACAGCCUCUCCCCAGCCGGCGGAUUCAUCACAGGGGAGCAGGCACGAGGCUUCUUCCUGCAGUCCGGGCUGCCGCAGCUGGUGCUGGCGCAAGUCUGGGCCCUCGCCGACGACGAUCGCGACGGCCGCGUCGACCUCGUUGGCUUCUCGGUGGCGAUGAAGCUCAUCAAGAUGGCCCUGCUGGGCCACCCGCUGCCCGUCGCGGUGCCGCCCAUCACGCUGCACUCGCUCACCGGGCACGCCCACGGGAGGACGGCAGCUGCUGCCCCUUGUCAUCUCUCCCCCGGAGUGGCGCCGCCGCAGCCCAUGCUGCCCGGCCCAGCGCACGCUGUGCCACCCUGCGUCUCUGUGGGGGAGGGGCCGACUCACCCUCCCGCGUUCCCAGUGUCUGAUUCGUUCCUGGAGCGGCGCAGGGAGAACAUGGAGCGAGGGGAGGCGGAGCUGCAGCGGAGGCGGGAGGCGCUUCGCGAAGCGCAGCGCAAGGAGGAGCAGGAGGAGAUCGCUCGGCAGACGGCCGCGCGCAGGCAGCAGCUGGAGGGACAGCGGGAGGGCUCGCGGGCCGAGGUGCAGGCGCUGCGGCAGCACCGUGACGUCCUCGCCGCCCGGCUGCUGGCGCUCGCUCAGUCCCGCCAGGAGGCGCAGGCGGGCGCGGCGGACGCGAGGCAGAGCGCGGCGGAGUGCCGCUCGCGGUUGGACGCGCUCAACGAGCGAGCGGGCCGGCUCCACGCCGAGUCGCGCCGUCUGGAGGCCCAGGUGGGCGCCGCACAGAGCUCCCUGGAGGCGCUGAGGGCACAACGCGCGCAGCUGGAGGGGCGCCUGCAACGCGGAGCCCGCGGCGGCGGAGGCCUGGACUCGCUGGCAGCCGAGGUCCAUUGCAGGAGGGCGGCCGUGCAGAGUCUGCGCGAGAAGGUGGAAGCCAUCGAGCUUCAGAUCCAGCAGACGCAAGCUCAGCGGCAGGACCCGCCGUCGGCAGCCACCGCCACGACCGCCAGCGCCAGCUCCAGCGCCAGCUCCCGCGCUGGCUCCGCUGGCCACGCAGGCUCCGCCCCGGCGUUCCAGCCCCCCGUCGCCAUCGUCCCUCCCUCCCUCGCGCCGACGCCGAGCAACGCGAGCGGCGCUAUCUCCUCCUCAUCCUCCUUCUCCGAGCAGCAGUGGCAGAAGCAGCAGCAGCAGCCGCAGGAGCAAGGCGGGGCGUGCGUGGCAGCGUGCGACGCGGAGGAGUGGGGAGGCGGCGGUGGGGGAGGUGGCGCCUCCCAGCCCGACGUGGGCUGGGCACGGUUCCCGGAGUUCGGAGACCCCCGCCCGGCCCAGCCCAGAGCCGGGGUCGCCAGGAGCAGAGGCUCCCAGUCGGAGCGGCGCACGGGGCCGCACGGGGGUACCGGCUCCAACAGCUUUCUGGAGCGCAACAUCCCGAGUUUCCCCGCGGUGGACGGGUCCCACGGGAACGAUGGGAAACCCAGCGCAGCCUCGGCCUUCACUCCGCAGGCCCCCUCGGCCUCCGCCUACUGCCCGCUGGGCUCGUGCGUGCGCGCCGUGGCGCUCUGCCGAUUCCAGGCGGUGCAGCCCAACCACCUGGCGUUCUGCACGGGAGACGUCAUCUCGGUGCGCGAGCGCCAGGACCUGUGGUGGCUGGGCGAGGUGGCAGGCCGCUCGGGGUGGUUCCCCAAGUCGUACGUGCGCGUCACGGACGGGGACGCGGCCGCCGUGCCGCCACCGCUCCCGCCGCCGCUCCCGCUCCUCGCCAACGGAGCCCGGAGCCAGAGGGGGACGUGCGCGGCGAGCGAGGAGGAGGUCCGGCGGGAGGGCAGAGAGGCUGCAGUGCCGUCAGAUUCGUGGAACCAUUCCAAGUCGCGGCCGUACACGAGCAUCCUGAGGAGAGUCUCCAAGCCAAAGGCCCCUGCUCCUCCAGUCCACAGACAUGAGAAGUGCGCCGCGCUGUUUGACUACACGAGCAAAGAGGCCGGCGAUUUGUCCUUCCUGAAGGGCGACAUCAUCACGCUGGUCAGUAAGAACGACAGGGAUUGGUGGACGGGGACACUCAGCGGCAAGACGGGUCUCUUCCCGAGCAAUCACGUGGAGGUGCUGACCACCAAGGCCGGCGAACCGUCGGCACCGUCGUCGGCACCGUCGUCGGCACCGGCGUCGGCACCGGCGUCUGCACCGGCGUGCCCCAUCGGCAGCGCCGGUCGCGGCGCGGACACCACCGCGUCGCGGCCCGGGGGCCCGUCGGGCCGCAGCGUCGUGGCCCUCUACGACUACUGCGCGCAGAACUCGGACGAGCUCUCGUUCGUGCGCGGCCAGAGCAUCGGCGUGACGCGGCAGGCCCACCCCGACUGGUGGGAGGGCGAGGCCGGCGGCUUGCACGGCCUCUUCCCCUCCAACUACGUCAGGGAGCUCCUCCCGCCCGAGUCGUCGCUCUGA